AUGGAACGUCUGUGGAGUUUGUUGACGAUAACUUCGAUGGACAUUAGGACACGAAGGUCGAUGGUCGAUGGCGGUCAGAUGGCGUUUGAUGGUGGUGGUAUUAACAACAGUGACAGUAGGACGACGUCAAGGUGCGUGAUAUCCAAUCCAACAUCAGCAUCUAUUCCGAAUACGACAUCAACACAUAUCGAAUACGACUCCAAGGUGCAAGGAAGCGCAGGGUUAGGAGUUUCAGUUUUGAACUUAGGGAUAGCAAAAUAA